AUGUCUUCUGAAAAUUUACAAGACGUGCAGUUGAUUAAGUCUGUAUUUCAUCUAAGCGUUAGUCUUAGCGACAGUACCGAUCAAUCAACCACAGAUCAACUAUCUGUUGGCACAAACAAUGCUGACAUGGAAAAUACCUCAGCUCCACCUCAGGAACUCCCAUCAUUUUAUCAAUUGGCUUCCUCAGCCUUUAUGUCUGCAAGAGUAAAACUUUCACCGCUUGGUCUCCUUGCUCGCCCGUUGGCCAUUAAGCCCAAACAUGGGUUACUUGCCCAGCUCCAACAUGGAUUGGAAUCACCAAGAAUUUAUAGAGGCUGUGGCAUGAUGGCUUUAGAGCUUAACUUGGAGUGCUCCACUCAAAGGCACCUUAUUCUGGAAAUAGACAUUGUUUUUUUUAAGUGUUCAAAAAUCUCAAACACACGCUACAUGUCGAAUAGAAACAGUCUGUAG